AUGCCCACCCCCGAGUCCGCCGCCUUCCUCGCGAAAAAGCCCACCGUUGCCCCGACCUACGAAGGUGUCGACUUUGAGGACAACGUUGCCGUGCACAAUGCCCGUGAUGCCAUUAUUCGUGAGCAGUGGGUGCGCUCUAUGAUGUCGCGACUGGUCGGAGAGGAGCUAGGCAAGUGCUAUGCGCGUGAGGGUGUGAACCAUUUGGAGAAGUGUGGUGUCUUGAGAGAAAAAUACUUCGAGCUCCUCGGUGAGCGCAAGAUCAAGGGUUACCUCUUCCAGGAGAAGAAUGCUCUUGGCGAGAAGGCUUAA